GAGCCGCCAGGGGGCGAUGCAGAGAGAUUAAUACAUUUGAACCCAAAGCAGGAAGCGGAACCACAGCUUCUGGAAGAUGGCGGAAUACGCAGCGACCCAGAAGAGUGCCCUGAAGUUUAAAGGCAAAGCUAACAUUUCAGCCGGGAAAAAGAAGAAGAAGAAGGAUAAAGAGGCUAAACUUCGCCUCGAGCAGGCUGUGAACAGUUACGAGGAGGAGGGGAAAACCGACAAAGCUCCUGUUGACAAACGGACACCGGCACAAAUUGCCUUUGACAAGAUGCAGGAGAAGAGGAAAAUGGAAAGGAUUUUGAACAAGGCGUCCAAGACUCAUAAACACAGAGUGGAGGAUUUCAAUCGCAAUCUGGACGCCUUGACAGAGCAUUACGAUAUUCCCAAGGUCAGCUGGACCAAGUAGAAGAGGAAGAAAUGUCCUCUCCAUUUUGUUUUUUGUUUUUCAACUUGUAGAAAAAUGUCACAACCAUCUUUUGGAAAUGUUUGUUAUUUACUUAUUUUAUCUAUAUACAAUAAAAUUCGAUUUUUAUUGUG